CCCGGCGGGGCGCGGGCGGCGCGGCGGCUGCGGCGGCGCCCCGGCGGCGCGGCCGCGCGGCUGCUGCCCGACGUGCGCAGCAUCUUCGCGGCGCCGCGGGAGGCGGCGGCGGAGCGCGGCCGCGGCCACCGCUUCGUCCUGCGCGCCCUGCGCGGCGGCUGGUGCGACCUGUGCGCCGCGGCGGUGCGGGAGCGCGCCCUGCGCUGCGACUACUGCAGCUACACGUGCCACCAGGGAUGCCGGAGCCGCAUCGAGCUGGACUGCCGCCGGCCGGGAGAGCCCCCCAGCCAGCUCUCGCCCGACAGCACCCUGCUGCUGCGCCACAGCCAGAAUGUUACAAAAACAGUGGAAGAAGAAAAGCCUGAGCCUCCAACCAUUCAGGAGAUUAAACAGAAAAUUGAGAAGUACAAUGCAAAGGUUACAAACUGCUUGUUGAUGAAGCUGAACGAUGAUGGAACUUACACAGGCUUCAUUAAAGUGCAUCUGAAAUUGCGCCGUCCCGUGACGGUACCAGCAGGGAUCCGGCCACAGUCCAUUUACGAUGCCCUCAAAGAGGUGAACCUGGCUGACAUGACAGACAAGAGAACUUCUUUCUACUUGCCGCUAGAUGCCAUCAAGCAGCUCCACAUUAGCAGUACAACCACGGUGAGCGAGGUGAUCCAGGGGCUCCUGAAGAAAUUCAUGGUGGUGGAUAAUCCUCAGAAGUUUGCACUUUUCAAGGAGAUGAGGAAAGAUGGGCAAGUUCUCUUCCAGAAGCUCCCUCUAACAGAGUAUCCCUUGUAUCUCCGGCUGCUGGCUGGCCCUGACACAGAUGUUCUCAGUUUUGUGCUGAAGGAAAAUGAAACAGGGGAAGUUGAGUGGGACGCAUUCUCCAUCCCAGAGCUACAGAACUUCUUAAUGAUACUGGAUAAAGAAGAAAAGGACAAAAUCCAGCAAGUACAAAGGAAGUAUGAGAAGUUUAAACAAAGACUGCAACAGACCUUGAAAGAAGCAGGAGGCAAGCCUGGAUAAUUGUUCAGGAGGCACACAGAGUCAGACUAAGCUAGGUAUUAUUUUUAAAAUGAAAAGACACUUCUCAGGACACCUUAUAGUGGUCACUCACUGUCCCUCCUCAUCCUUCCAUUAUGGACCGGCAUAUAGUAACCAUAAAAUGAACAUAACUGCAUUUUAUUCUUCUGAAAUCUCUUAUCACAGGACCAGAGCCAGUCAAAGAAUGGGAAGCCCAUUUAAAAAUGUGGGCCCUCAACAAACCAACACAGCUGCUCGUUAACUUUUGGUUUUAACUGAACCAUCAGGUGAAGAAACAUCAUGGAAAAUGUUAAUGAACGUUAAACCCAAUAGGAACAUCUGCUGGCUAAUUGUUUUGAACAGGGUCAACCUACUGUUCACACUCCUCCCAGCAACUUGCUUUUCUUGUUUCAAGGUGCUGCAGCUGCAUUGUGUGUCUAUGUGGCAGAGUUCUCUCAUUUCGUAAGUAGAGCACAGGAAGCAGCAGAUAAAGUGGAGGAGGUUUUUGCACCAAAUCACAUGGGUGUUGCAGCUGUAACUGAGGCCAAACAGUGUGUUGUUCAGUGCUAAGUUAACCAAUGACAUGUAAAGUUGUGUUGCCAAGGCAGCUGCAACACAACAGUCUUUUAGUAAGGAUUAUUGAAAUUUAGUAAAGGAAAUGUCAUCUAUUAUUUUCAUCCUAAUUAACAUUUAAUUUUAAAAAAAAAAGCUUUGAAGUCAAAUUAAAGUAAAUAUUCCUGAUGCUUAGCUUAGCUGGCCUGCAUUUUACCAGUUUUCUACUCUGUAGGAAUUGGGGAUCAGUGUUUUAAGAAAUUCUGUUUGAAAAGCGUAAAGAUGACAGCUGGGGCAUGGGACAAGGGUUUGGUAUAGAACAUCACAGAAUUGCAGAAUGGUUGAGGUUGGAAGGGACCUCUGGAGAUCAUCUAGUUCAACCCCCUGCUCAAGCAGAAAUGUCUAGCAAUAAUUACCUAAGACUAAUCCAGAAAAGCUCAAACACCAUUUUUAUAACUCAAACUGAUCUUAUACUAUGAACAAGUUGGGAACUGAGGGAGAAGAGCUCCCACGGAGGCCAGGGUGUGGAUGUGUGAGUCACACCUGGAGCAUGGACUGCCUCUGCAGGAAAUGCUUAGCACCAGGAAGAGGGAGGGAACUAUUAGCCUCAGAUGCUUUCCUCCCGCCACCCUCUUAUACCAUGUUUCUUCUUGGUACAUCUCCCCCUUGCAGUGCUGGCCCACCAUUCCUGCCAGUAGCUUGCCUCUGCUGCUCUGCUUGUAUCCAAUUUGAUCAGAUCUUUUUGCAUAUACAGGAGGGAUACUAGGCUGUGUUUUGUGCUUGGAAUUAGGGGAGGAAAAUAAACUGCUCUCCCUCGUGCAGUGCUCCCAUUGUUGGCAUACACAUGCACCCCUCAGCCUUCACAGAGAUCAACUGGCUGGAGCUGGAGUGUCAGGCACUGCCCCUAGCUCCCUCUAGAGACCCCGAGCUCAUUGACUUGGCAUCAUCACUGCUGGAGUGCAAGGGAUGCUCCAGGAAUGCUGAGCUGAGAGAUGACUUCCCCAGGUUUGUGUGUAGUGCUUUAUACUGAGCACACUGUGUGCAGCGAAUUUCAGUCUUCCCUCUGUUUAUAUAGGACACAACAACAACAUGUAACAGGAAAAUGGAAAGUUAAAACUAGCCACAUUCAGAUGGAGCUUGUGAAAUGGUUUUAUAUAGACUUGGUGAACCAAGUGUCCCUUUGAACUCACUGUAGAGACUGCCAUGAUUUCACUUGGGUGAAAUGGGAAGGGAGGGAACAGGUUACUGGCAGGACAGACAACUUGGAAGAGUCUAAAAUUUACCUCAGUGCCUUUUUUCCUCAAGUGUAAAAAUUUUACAUUUGGGCUUAGGAGGAAGUUGGAAAGGGUUUUUGUCAAGAGGCCUUGUCUCAAGCCCUGCCAUUCCUACUC